AUGAUAGCUUCCGAGACUACUUCCAAGAAACCGGUCAAAGAUUCCGGUAAGCAUCCGGUUUACCGCGGAGUCCGAAAGAGGAACUGGGGAAAAUGGGUGUCGGAGAUACGCGAGCCGAGGAAAAAGUCUCGUAUAUGGCUCGGUACCUUUCCUACGCCGGAGAUGGCGGCGCGUGCACACGACGUAGCUGCUCUUAGCAUUAAAGGAACGUCCGCCAUACUCAACUUCCCUGACCUCGCAGGCUCUUUCCCACGGCCAAGCUCGAUCAGCCCUCGUGACAUCCAAGCCGCCGCUCUCAAAGCCGCCCACAUGGAGAUCAUCAUGACCACGUCAGAGUCUUCUCCUUCUCCUUCUUCUUCAUCUUUCACGUUUUCCUCCUCACAGUCUUCUUCUUCGCUGGAGUCUCUAGUGUCUUCCUCUGGGACUGGUUCGGAGGAGCUAGGGGAGAUCGUUGCGCUACCGAGUUUGGGAUCGAGUUACGACGGUUCUACCCAGCUCGGUAACGAGUUCAUAUACUCUGACUCGGCAGACUUUUGGGUUUAUCCACCGCAGUUGUCAGAAUGUGAUAAUGAGAUGAUUCCUAGUUUCAGUGAAGGCUUGUUAUCACAGGAUUGGGAUCUUCAAGGACUGUUUAAUUAUUAA